GCAUGUUGUCGCUAUCAUGAAUUUGUGCGUGGAUUUCUGUAUUAUGUAUUCGCGAUUUGAAUUUUUUGUUGUUUCAUUUCUAUGAAAUCUGUGUUUUUGACCUAAAAUCGUUUCAGCUCCAUGCAAUUGUUGCGGUGACUGCCUUUUAUGCCUCGUGUGAUUGGGAUUUUGGUUUGGAUUUUAGUGAUCUGGUGCUCCAUUGUUUUAUUUGGUCAUAAUUUUGUGUAAAUUUAAUAACUUGUUUAUAUUUAGUUCCUGUGAUUUUGGAGAUCAUGUACUAAUCUUUCACUUCAAAUUUUUGGGGUUACCUUCGAAAUCCGCAAGUACAUAGAUAUGCUGUAUUGUUUGUUUGCUUAUGAUUUGGCUUAAAUUUGAAGGUUCGGAUGUCGCAUUUCUGAUGCAUGGAUAACUAUAUUUAGGCGAACACUCAUCUAAUCUACGAAUUAUGCGAGGAUGAAUAAAAAUGUAAUAGGAGGAGUAUAUUUUUUGUAAUGUGCUAGUUUAGUGAUUAGUUGUUUAAGCUGUCCUCUUUUGAUAUUUAUGGUAAACAGUAUCAAAUUAAUGAUCCCAACUUACUGAUUUGUUAUUUUUUUCUGGUAAAGGAGGUUUCAAAUUCAACAGCUUUUCUCAUAAACAUUGAAGAACCUUCAGUGGAUUUCAGUCAAAGUAGAUGUUGGUCCUUCUUUGAACCUUCGCUGCACAAUACUAUCGGAAUCAGCUAUCCGCACAUUAUUAUUUAAUCCUCUGGUGUGCAAAUAGUUGAAUCCAUCAGAUUAUAGAUAACCAACCAAGUCUGAUGAGAAUUUCUCACUGGAUUUCAUGAUCAUAAGUUUUUGCAAUGGGGUACUUUAGUAUGGAGAAGAAGUGGUUGUUCCCUCUAGUUAUAAGUUCAUUAGUAUGUGUUUUCCUCCUGGCAACCUCCUUUAAUAUGGGCCUUGUGUCCUCAUUGCACACCAUCAAUUCUAUCCUUUCAAAAUUCCCUUCUCGUCUCACUUCCAAUGGCUCUAGCUUUGUUGAGUCAAAAAUGAAUCAAGCUCCGCCUCUUGCUCCUCCUCCUCUUCCAAAAUUUGCUUAUUUGAUUUCUGGAUCAAAAGGUGAUGUAGACAAACUUUGGAGGACUCUUCAUGCUUUGUAUCAUCCAUGGAACUAUUACAUUGUUCAUUUGGAUCUUGAGUCGCCCUUAGAGGAGAGAUGGGAACUCACAUCUCGCGUGGCAAACCACACGCUUUUUACGAAGGUUGGGAAUGUUAUUGUAAAUAACAGAUCAAAUAUGGUCACUUAUAGGGGUCCCACGAUGGUCGCAAAUACUCUUCACGCAUGUGCCAUUCUUCUAAAGAGAUAUAAAGAUUGGGAUUGGUUUAUAAACCUUAGUGCUUCAGAUUAUCCUUUGGUGACUCAGGAUGAUCUUCUUGAUACAUUCGCUGAUUUGAAAAGAGAUCUGAACUUUAUAGAACACACUAGCGACUUAGGUUGGAAAGCUGCUCAAAGGGCAAUGCCAUUGAUUAUAGAUCCUGGACUUUAUCAGACAACCAAAUCUGACAUAUUUGCUGUUGGACCCAAAAGAAAUUUACCAACAGCAUUCAAAUUGUUUACUGGUUCAGCUUGGAUGAUCUUAUCACGUGCGUUUGUGGAGUACUGCAUAUGGGGCUGGGAUAAUCUCCCAAGAACCCUGCUGAUGUACUACUCAAACUUUGUUUCCUCCCCGGAAGGCUAUUUCCAAACCGUCAUCUGCAAUGCUCCACAGUUUGUGCCGACUGUUGUCAACCACGACAUGCACUAUAUAUCCUGGGACAACCCUCCACAACAGCAUCCUCACACGCUAUCCGUCAAUGACACAGCAAACAUGAUUGCAAGCUAUGCUCCAUUUGCGCGUAAAUUCAGAAUGGACGAUCCGGUGUUGGACCAGAUUGACAUUCAUUUACUCGGGAGGAAAAAGGGAGGCUUCACGCCCGGUGGCUGGUGUGGAGGCAAACCUCGUUGCUCGAGGGUGGGGAACCGGAACAAGCUUAGGCCGAGUCCCGGUGCUCAAAGGCUGCAACGCCUCAUCGGUAAUAUAGUAUUUUCAGAAAAUUUUACCAAAGCUCAAUGUUUCUAGAUUACCUCUUCCAUUGCUAUAUGAAAUGGGGAAGAAGGCGGGAGAAAUCGACGAGAGGCGAGAGUUUACGUGUCAGUAAAUCAUUAGGCAUUUCCACAAGCACCAAUAAUGAACUAGAUUUAGUGCAUAUAUACAAAAAGAGAAUUGCUUCUUUCGGCCAUGUAAUUGUAGGUCCCUUUUUCCACAUAAUACUGUUAUAAAGUCAUAAUUCAUACUA